AAAAUAGGAAAAAAACCCUAGCGUGGAAAACUAUUAAGUAAUUCUUGUGUAUAAAGUCUAUGCUUUAAAAGAAAGGGAAACUAUCUAUAAUAUCAGCAUGUAUACUAGUAUACUUUCCUAGGAAAUACAAGUUGAUAUUAUAAUAUGAACUUGGAACAUUUCUAUGAAUUAAAACAUUAAAAGAAAUUGAUGUUAAAGAUACUGAAGUUUAAUAAAUUUAUGCUAUAAACUAAAUCUUGUACGUACGUGUGCUGUAUCUUAUAUCCAAAUUUUAACAAUCAAUCAGGAUAUUUAAUAACGUGAUUCAAAUUUUGUGAAACACCGAUUAUCUUCCAGUCAAUAUGGCAGACAAAACGGAACGUUUCGAGUCUUUGGAACAUCAGCUAGAAACAUUUAUUGAAACAACUCGACAAAUUAGUAUAAUAGUUUCAGACUUUCAACAACAAGGCCAAAACUUACUAAAUCAAAAACUCCAUUCUAUGGUGACAGGUAUGCAAGAAAUUGACAAGUUAAAAGGACAGAUGCAUGAUGUACAAGUACCAUUAGAAGUUUUUGAUUGCAUUGAUAGAGGGAAAAACCCACAUCUUUAUACCAAAGAAUGCCUAGAAAAGGCUCUUGCUAAAAAUGAAUUAGUUAAAGGAAAAAUCGAUAAUUUCAAGAAAUUUAAAGUUACUCUUAUAGCAGAGCUGAGCAAAGUAUUUCCAAAUGAAAUGGCUAAAUAUCGUGCAAUCCGAGGAGAUGAUAGACCAGUUUAAUUCUUCUCAAUGCCAGUGUCAUCUGAAAUAUUAUUCUCAACAACAUUUCUCGAUUCAUUAUACAUUCAUUAUUCAUCUCAUCUACACCUGUAAUAUUUUGACAAUUAUUUUAUUGAAAUAAAAAAAGUUUUGAAAGCCUAGUGAUUUUAAA